AUUGUUCUAUAUAUACUGUAGGAGGGAAGGAAGGACGUUAAUGUUCCCAAAGGUACAGGUUGUAAAUCCUAUACAUGUAGUUUGUCAGUCUUUGCAGAUGGAAGCACGCUGUAAUAAGACGCACAAAUUCCAGUUCUAGAUGAAGUUUUCCGUGUUAUAAAAAUAACCGCGGCAAAGCAAUUGAUGAAAAAUUCCGGAAAACAAUGGCUACGUCUCUUCCUACUUCGCAACACUCAACGACUCAAGAGGUCUAUGGGAAAUCAACCUCUCUCAAUGAAACCAACACAAGCACCAAAGCGAAUUGGAUUAGUAUCAUGACGUCUUCAACAUUACUACGAGACCAUUCGACGACUGCUUCAAUGAACAUGUCCGUGUCCGAAAUGCCCUCAACAGUUACCGUUAUGGCCGCAGACAACACAACUGUUAAUUAUACCACCACGGACAUAAUUUCAGGCCAAGGCAUCGACAUCCUUGACACAAUAUGGGCAGGCUGGUUCAUGAAGCUAGACAUCCCCACACGAAUUGUGAUAAUAACUCUGCUGGGUUUGGUUGUACUGUUAGCCAUUGGUAUCUUCGUGUGCUGCUGCUGUUGUAAAAGACACCGAUGCGGAAAAUCCAACAUAAUGAGAAGCGAUCCAAGGCGCGUUUGUUCAGAAGAAAGACAUUACACAUUGCCGACCCGACUUACAAAACUGGGGCAGGACCUGACUCGUCGUAUUAGUUCUAUGUGGAUGGACCGAGAAGCGGACGGAGAGUCCGACAGGGCGGUAAGAACUCGCUACUCGCCCAGAAAAGACCGGACCCAGCGCAUGCCCUCUCCGACUCCGUCCACGACCGACAGGCCUUAUAUGGAUAUGUCUCUACUGAGGAGAUCCAAUAAAGAGCAGGAUGUGCUAAAAAGUUCGGACGACACUGACAACCUGUCGUCUAAAGGAUACGUUGAAGUGAAUCGGAAACCGCAAAUCGACCGGAAAAAUCUUCCACUGCCUCCUCCGAAACCUCACCCCAAGCUUGCCAACACAGACGGGAAUGAUAGUCUGAGAUUAAAAAACGUUACGAACGUCAUGGGUAGCCAAGAUCACCCGGUCUACAACCCUCAAAUGCCUGCUGUAAACUUCCAGAUUGUUCCAUCAUUACACGGUCCUACACCGUCAUUCUCUGCUUGCCAACAGUGCACAAUGGGAUCAAUGUGUAGCUAUGCCCACGGAGCUCACUCAGUGGUACCCAUGUCCAUUCAACAACCACCAGUGUCCCAACCUAUGAACAUGUUCAAUAACCGAAUCUAUAUGCCAGAAGAGUCUUGCAGUUCUUCUGUGGUCUAUACUUAUGGACAAGGGUCAAAUAAACCACCGUGGAAAGGUAUGAUUGGCCAUCCAUAUUACAACGAAAACCUACCUUAUGGCCAUUGCAUACCGGAAGUGACGGAAGACAGUGAAGAACGUGACAACAGCAGUAACAUUCCCUCUUUUGGAUUUCAUAAUGAGACUAAUAGCAAAAAAACCAAUUUUUAUUCUUUGGACAAAUUUCAGUCCAAGAAGGAGAAGCAUUCAUACGACAACUUACAAGACCAGGAGCCCAUGUACAGCGAUCCGAUAGAACCAACGAAAGGGGACAGGUGGAAAGAACCGCAAAAAGGAGCACCCAAGCCUCGCUCUCGGAAAUUGAAGGCAAUGAACAGCAUUGGUUCCGCCCGAAUGUCAAUGGAUUUAAAAUGAAGGGAACUUACUGAAAAGUUACACACAUUACAGGGAUAAAACCCAGCUAUUGGAAGCAAAUGGUUUCUAUUUCACAAUGAACUUCAAGCUAAAAGAUAAAGACCGAUCAAUGCUAGCGCGGUCGUACGCAUAUCAAAGAUACAGAAUAUAAAUGUGGUGCAUAGAUGUAUAUGUUAGAAUUCUAAGAUUAAUUACAAAUUGAUGUUAACACACUACUUUAAAAUGUAACUUUGCAAAAUGGUGCAAUGUCUUAAUUAAGCCUUUAUUGCAAAGACGGCUAUUUUUGCACUGUUAGUUAUGCCAAUAAUCAGUGUUUGCACGAUAUUAAUAGUUUCAAAUGUUGGCAAUUGUACAUAGGAUACAGAGCCAAUUUAGAAAUACAUGUAAAUAUAAAAAUACAUGGUACCUCUCGGCUAUACACUUGGUUGGUUACGGGAUUCCUAUGAAGCAGGAAGGAAUUUUCAGAACCAUCUGUACCGGAGGAGUUCAAUAAAUAUACUAUAUAAC